ACCGGAAACCGUGUACCCUGUCACUAACUCGUUCGGUUCUCGCUCCCAUAGCGAUGCUAACGGAGUCAUUCAUGUAAAACUAACGGAUUUUCUCCAGCACUCAGCCCAAUCAUAGCGGGAAUCCAACGGUUAUUCGGUUAAAGAUGGCUCUGCUGACGCCAUUGCUGGCCUUCCUCUACCACCUGCCGCAGGUGUACAAGUGGCUGCUGAAGCCCUACUACGUAGCCUCGUUCUUCAUGGCUGUAGCCUUCGUGGCUAUCCGAAAGACCCCCGGCGUCUGCGACCACCUGGAGACGCAGCGAGAGGACGGGAACUCCUGCGACUUCGACUGGAGGGAGGUGGAGAUCCUCAUGUUCCUCAGCGCCAUCGUCAUGAUGAAGAACCGAAGGGCCAUCACGGUGGAGCAGCACGUUGGGAACAUCAUCCUGUUCAGUAAAGUGGCCAACGUCAUCCUGUUCUUCCGGCUGGACGUCCGUCUGGGUCUCCUGUACCUGACGCUCUGCAUCGUCUUCCUGAUGACCUGCAAGCCCCCCCUCUACAUGGGACCCGAGUACAUCAAAUACUUCAGCGACAAAACCAUCGAUGACGAGCUCCAAAGAGACGGACGCGUGACGUGGAUCGUAGAAUUCUUCGCCAACUGGUCUCCGGAGUGCCAGUCCUUCGCCUCAGUCUACGCUGACCUCUCGCUCAAGUACAACUGCGCCGGCCUCAAAUUUGGGAAAGUGGACAUCGGACGCUACGGAGAAGUUUCCAAGAAGUACAGGGUGUCCGCAUCGCCACUGUCCAAGCAGCUGCCGUCCUUGGUGCUGUUCCAGGGAGGAAAGGAGCUGAUGCGGCGCCCCCAGGUGGACAAGAAGGGCAGAGCGGUGUCCUGGAGCUUCACUGAGGAAAACAUCAUCCGGGAGUUCAACCUGAACGAGCUCUACCAGAAAUCCAAGAAGCUCAGCAGGAGCAGAGAGAAGCCCAGCCAAUCCCAGUUCCCCACGGUCACCGAGGAGGAGGAGCCAGAGCAGCAGGGAGCCCCCGCCCAGGGGGAGGAGCCUGAAUCCAAGAAAGACAAAUGAGACUGUUGGCUUAGCAAACUCCGCCUCCUGUCAUCAGCUGUGGAACUGACGGUUGAUCAAGCAGGAGGGGCUCGUGAGGCCUCACCCCCCCCCCUCUGUUAACAAUAACUUCACAAUUCCCAUGCAUCCCAUAAUAUGAGGACAGAGGACCCCCCCAGCAGCGUUGUGUUUGAUCAUUUCCAUAAAAACGUUUGGUUUUCUGCAGGUGGAGGCGGAGCUUAUGUUUGCACGCAGUUGGAUUGUUUUUUUUAUUUCUAGAGUAAAAUUCUUUUCUUACGUUUGUUUUUAACAUUCCUGUAGUAAAUUAUUAAAACACUGGAAAUGUUAUUUUUAA